GAAUCAAUAUGAUUAAAGAAGUUAAUAUAAUUGAGAAAGUUAAUAUGAUUAAGAAAGUCAAUGGUAAUUAUACUAAACAUAUUAGCAAAGCUAAAGAAGCUAGUUUACUAAUAUCAUCUGAAAAAGUUACAAGCUCUGAGUUGUUCAGUAUCAAG